AUGGCCGGUGUAAGAGUUGCAGAUGAUUUUCAAGAUAUGUUGCCCACAAUGGCUGAUAAAUUAGGCGGGGAUGGUUUGAUAAAGGAGUUGUGCAAUGGUUUUAAAUUGUUGAUGGAUCAAGACAGAGGAGUCAUCACUUUUGAGAGCUUGAAGAAACACUCUGCUUUGCUUGGCUUGCAAGAUUUGAGUGACGAGGAGCUGAGGAGCAUGCUCAGAGAAGGCGACGUAAAUGGCGAUGGAGUACUUGAUGAGAUGGAGUUCUGUGUUUUGAUGUUUAGAUUAAGCCCGGAGCUGAUGCAGGAAUCUGAGGCUUGGCUUGAAGAAGCUCUGCAGCAGGAGUUGGGAAAUUCAUCUUUUGAUCACAAAUAG